AUGGCGAGAGAAAGAAAUAUCGGCUGGCUAAAUGCAGUGUGGCUUGCUGUCCAAAGGACCAAGGGUGAUACUAUCGCCAAGGUUUUGGAAUCAAUCCCACCAAAUGUGAUGUUCAUAAGAGAUUUAAUUGGACCUAGACUCCAAUCGUGGAACAUACUGCUCCAGCAGUUAACCACGGUACAGUUGUCACAAGGGUCCGAUGUAUUUCGUUGGAACCUACAUGGGAAUGGGCAAUUCUCAGUGGAGUCUAUGUAUAGAGCUUUGAUCCAAUCUUAUGUGCUAGUUGAUAAUAGCAAGAAGAUCUGGAAGACGAAGAUAUCUCUUAAGAAUAAAAUCUUUGCAUGGUAUCUUCAUCGCAGGGUUAUUCUUACUAAAGAUAACCUUAUUAGGAGGAAUUGGCAUGGAAGUUAUCUACAGAUGUACCGGGAUGCUUCGUUUAUGGUCCUCUCUACAACAAGUGGAGAAUUCAGACCUGUUUAUGGACGUGUAUACACGAUUGGAGACCACAACAAGGGAUACUUUUACCCAACAUCGUUGUGGCUACCUUUGGGCAAGGAGAAGGACAAUGCACUGGCGGUCGCUACAUUAUCGAAGAUUAGGCUCAUUCACUCAAUCAACAGGUAUGUUCGACGCUAUGAGCACCUUCAAAAACCCAGCAAGGGCACUCUUACCGCCGUCAAGGAUCCCAAGCCAAUCGUCCGGAUAGCCACCGAGGACAUGAAGUGUGUGGGGAUGCAGUAUCUUGAAGCCAUUCGGCGUCUCCGUGAUGCGGGCUUUGUCCCAGAUCGGAACAUAUAUAUUAUAUUUGUUCCCGAUGAGGAGAUUGGUGGACAUGAGGGUGUUGAGCUAUUUGUUGCAUCGAACGAAUUCAAGGAGCUGAAUGUGGGAUUGGUUCUUGACGAGGGACUUGCAUCCCCUAGGGAGGAGUACCGGGUGUUCUAUGCAGAACGUAGUCCUUGGUGGCUUACUAUUAAAGCAAAGGGAGCGCCAGGGCAUGGUGCAAAAUUGUAUGAUGGUAGUGCAAUGGAGAAUUUAAUGAAAAGUGUGGAGGCUCUUCGGAGGUUCAGGACAGCUCAGUUUGAUUUGGUUAAGUCCGGAGAGAAAGCUGAAGGGGACGUUGUAUCGGUGAAUUUUGCGUACUUGAAGGCUGGGACACCUACACCCACGGGUUUUGUGAUGAAUCUACAACCAUCUGAAGCAGAGGUAGGAAUUGACAUUCGAAUCCCUCCUAGUGUUCAUACUGAAGCACUAGAGAAGCGUCUUGCUGAAGAAUGGGCACCUUCUUCACGCAACUUGACUUUCGAGUUCAAACAAAAGGGCUCUGUCCUUGACAAGUUAGGGAAGCCAGCCAUGACAAUUGCUGACAGCUCGAACCCAUGGUGGCCUGUGUUUGAAGAAUCUGUGAAGCGAGCUGGUGGCAAACUUGGCAAGCCGGAGAUAUUUCCGGCUUCUACUGAUGCUCGUUAUUUCCGGGAAAUUGGGAUACCAGCUUUUGGCUUUUCCCCUAUGGCGAACACACCAGUACUGCUCCAUGAUCAUAACGAGUUCCUGAGCAAAGAUGAGUACCUCAAAGGAAUUGGGAUAUAUGAGUCCAUUAUAAAGGCGCUGGCCACACAUAAAGAUGACGGCAUCGACGAGGAGUCUAGGGCAGAACUGAGUAUACUACAUGGAUGGAACACCGUCAGAACAUCACGUGUACAACUCCAUGGUAAAAGAAUCGGCGAGUACCUGAGCACAGAUGGGCACCUCAAAGGGAUUGGGAUGUAUAAUUCGAUUAUAAAGGUACUGGCCAAGCACAAAGAUGACUGCAUUGACGAGGAGUUAGUGUCUAGAGCAGAGCUGUGA